UAUAUCACCUUCAUCGCCAGGGAAUACGCAACAGAAAUUGAGGAGAAAUGCAAGGCGCUUGGAGAAGCCGAAAGGCGGAUCCAAGCCCUCACAGAAGAGAGAGAAAGCGAGAUAACAGUGAUGAAGAAGAAGCUUGAGGAUGCCGAAAGGCAGAUACAAGCUUUAAAGAAAGAAAGGGCGAGUGCAUGCGCCCAAGUAAGGCCAAAAGCCUUAACAGUGAAGCCUACUUUGGCUGAAAAGCCAAAGAAGGCUGUGACCCAGUCGUACGCGACUGCGGUCAAACAAAACAACACUUUGAAACCAAAGGGAGCGGUGCGACACGUCGUCACCGUUUACCUUAAAGAAGAAGGGAAUAAAGAUAGCAAGGCAACGAAAGUUGCCUUGCAAAAAUGCUUUAACCCCAACCAGGAUAGGUUGAGGGUUAAAGCCAUAAGAAACAUAAAUAAGGGAGGCAUCCUCGUCGAAACGGCGACGAAGGAUGACCUCGAGAAGCUCGUUAAGAGCGGUAAAGCGAAAGAAAAGGGACUGAAGGUCACAGUCCCGACAAAGAAGAAGCCAAAGUUGGUCCUGUACAACGUACAGGACCUGUCGAAGGAAGAGCUGCUUGCAGCUCUCAAGUCGCAAAACGACGACUUGCCAACAGACGAUAUUAAGCCGCUGUUUAAAACAGCAAAAGGCAAAAAUUGGGUGGUGGAAACAUCACCCAAAACAAGGGAACAGAUACUGAGCAAAGGCAGAUUGUUCCUCGGCUGGCACGCCUGUCGCGUACGUGACUACGUCGUGGCAGGCAGGUGUUUCCGUUGUCAAGCGUUUGGCCAUAUAGCCAAACACUGCUGGGCAAAGGCAGACAUCUGCGGGCAUUGUGCUGCCGAGGGUCACUGCUACAAAGAGUGCCCAAACAAAGAGAAAGGACCUUCUUGCAUAAAUUGCAAGAGGGCCAAGAGACCGCAUAAUCACUCAUCCAGAAAGGAUGAGUGUCCCGCCUAUAGAAAGGCAAUAGAGACCCUAGUCUCCAAGACAGACUACGGGGACUAA